AUUCAGGAUCUAGUAGGUAUCAUGCAUCAAUCAUGAUCCAGUUAUCCCGGACACUGUGAGAAAACAAUAAAUUCAAAUGGGGAGUGUUGAAACUGAAAGCACAGAAAAGCCUAUUGAAACACAAACAUUAGAUAUACCCGCCAAAUUGCUUGCCAGUUACGAUACUGAAGAUGAUGCUUGGUCAUGGGGACUCUCUCCUAGAGUCACCCAGAUUCCUAAGAAAAUGUUUCCAUUGGCCACGAUACCGGGUAGUAGAUUGAGCACAAGGCAGUCAGAAAGAGGAAUCCCCAAAGAGAAUAUGUUACUAAAUUUUGAGGCAGAUCAAAUUCUACAAGUUACAAAAUGUUCGGAUAUUCCUGAAAAAGAACCACCAACAUCACGUCCCAAAACCCCGGGGACUAGGAUGUUGUCUGCUCCUGUCAGACAGGAAAAACUAAAACCAGACGAGACCUUCAUCACAGACCCAGGAACAUUCUUUGCUCCCCAAAUGCCAGGAAACCCCUCCACAGGCGAGCCUGUAGCGGCUGUAGUAAGAAGAGAAGUUAGCGCGCCACCCUCAGCUUGUAAACCACGCACUGUAGCUACUCUCAACCACAAUAAAACACUGGUUGUUAGAGGAGAUAACGAACAGAAGAAACCAAACAAGUUAGCCCUGGUAAAAGACUUGGACAACACCACAAAACCUACAUUUACAGCACGCAAACCGAGAGAGGUGGCAAAGAUAAGUAAGCCCAAGAAGUUCAAAUCAGUACCGUUCCAAAUUCCUGAGCUGUCAUCAAAACAGAAGAAAAACAUUCUUACUCUUCCAGCUGACAAAGGAUCAAAACUGGAACUUUUACAAAAGAGGCUGAAGUAUGAUGCACGGAAGUACGCGCUGUGCAACAUAAAAACAGGGAGUUCCUCGUCUGAGUCGAGUGAGGAGGAAGUAGAAGAGGAAGAAGAUAGCAGUGAGAAUGAACCUUCCCCACCUCCUCGAGUCCACAAAGCGGCGAUGGCUAGAAGAGCCAGUGUGUCCACUAUAGGCUCAGCAGCUGCCAGACAGAUCUGGGCUAAAGGAGCCGCGCAGAUCAACAAGAAGAGACCUGCUAUCAGCUUCUUUGAGGAGAGUCUCAGUGAUGCUGAUAAGUCUAUUAUCGCUCACCUCGAGAUUGCAGACUCGCUGUCCAGAUCAACUUCAGUGAAGACAGACCCUCAGGGGGCCCCAACUCCAUCACGUGACAUUGGUGACCACGUGGUCGAGUCCGAUGAGGGAGACACGAGUGAUGUGAGCGUCACUGCUGAGGACCUCGAACUCUUUGAUAGGUGGGUUGAGGGAGACACACCCACUUCAAAAGAUGUGGAAUCAGACCGAGCAGUCAGUGUGGAGAUACAGCAAGUUCUGGGUAUUGAAAAUGUACCUUACACCCCACCUCAGCUUCAGAGGAUCCGCAGCAGCGAGAUGUCUCGCAAACCUUCUGAGAGUGAUGCGAGUGUAACAGUGCAAGAAACAGUGCAGGAAACAGAAGAAGAAGAUGAAGAGGUGGAGGACGAGGCGUCAGAAGGAAAGGAGGACCAGGAGCUGAGCUUAAUAGAGUUUGUGUCGGAGAGAAGUUUGGGAGACACAGUCUUACAACAUGUCAUGUUCCAGGACGAGGAACCUGUAUCCCAACUUGACUCAGAGGACAGAGAGGAGCUGCAGGAUGACUUGUAUUACAGUGAGCCAACCUACGAGGACGUGCUCAACAUCACCGGCAAAAACCUCGAUAUUUCAGAUAGGAGAUAUCAAGAGGAUGAUAGAGAAGGGUUACUUGAGGGAGCCAAGGAUUCUCAGCCUGAUGUCACUUUACUAUCUACAUGGGAACCGGGCACCCAAGACCCAGCGUCACACUUCUCAGUUCACCACUUCUGUACGCUAGCUGUACAGCCCCAGUUACCACGUGUCUUGCAUAAUAUCACACGGUCUGCUCACUUUCAGGGUUUACCUGUCUCUGUGCAGGAUAUCAGGUCAGAGACGUCUCUGUCGUGGUUUGUGGAGACACCACGUGAUGCACCAGCCGAAGAAGAAGGAGAUGAUGUUCACUUGGAUAUUAAGAUUGAGGGUGCUAAAGUUCCUGAGAUUCGAGAUAAACAGUUGUAUUGGACGCCUGCCCCACCAAAGAUGGACUUACCGCCACUAUUUAUCAAGACACACCUCUUUCCUAAAUAUGAGAGCGCCAUAGCUACUGCUGAACAGCAAGCUCUUCUUAAUCAGGUUGAGUCGAUGGAAAGUUCCACAUCUGAAGAAGACACUUUAUCUGACGAGACGGACGAGGACGAUAGAGCCCUCAGAAGGAGAGUGUUAACGAGACGACACGGCUCCUCUCAAAGUGUUACCAGAAAGAAACAUGAAAUGGAAUUAGUAGGACCUGAUAAAAUAAAGAUAAGGAACCGGAGGCUGACGAGGCCAGGAUCAGCUCCCAUCCUAACAGAGUCAGAGCCUCACUCACGCUACAAAUCAGACUAUUACACAUCAUACGGAGAGAUAAAGAACUAUCGCUCUCAUAUGGUAGAAGUACAGACCAAGUUAAAGGAGGAGGAGGCUAUCCAACAGAAGAGACUAAUCAAGCAGGAGAACAGAAAGACAGUGUCCCCCGACAAGUACGAGCAGCUAGUGAGACCCUACCUCAGUACCCCGAUAUCCGAUAGAGGAACCCUGGCUCUCAGUUCCUCCUACACCAAGCUUCUUCCUAUUGUCAACCAAGUCGAAGUAAAGACUAAGAUAAGCAAGAAGGAGCUGACGGAUGUGAAGGAAUGUUUGGUUCAGAGCAGAAAGUUGAAGAGAACCACAUCGUGUCCCUGUAUUCUACAGGAGUUUGAACUAAGAAAACGGGCUAACAGUUGUAACGAUCUCAGUAAGAUUGGUGGCGAGUGGGAGGACUACAGAACAACAGCUACUGCCCUAGAGGGAGACCAAUCUACCGGUAUUCGCUCAUAAGCUGGGAACUCUGCUCAGUAAGGACAUUGUUCUUCUACAUCAAAUCAUCAAGAAGGACAAUCCUGUGCUAUACUCGGAGCUACUGAACGAAGUGCAUCGCCUAACCACCGAGAUAUUAAAGGAAGGUGACUAUCUGUUCUACAAUAAAGCUAGGAGAGGAGCUCUCUACGUGAAACUGGGCAUGUUCAAAGACGCUCGAGUUGAUCUUGAUAGUGUUAUUGAAGCGAUGCCCCAGAUGGCAGACGCGUAUUGGCAUAGACAUAUCAUUUACGUUAUACAGGGUGACAUGAACACGGCACUGAACGAUCUGACCAACAUCAUCAGACACAACCAGAACCAACCGCGCGUGUACCUUGCACGUGCAGAGAUAUACCAAAAACAAGGCGACGUCACCGGAGCAAUUCUCAACUACAGUCAGGCGCUGAAAAGAGACGCAAAUAACGCGGAGACGUACUAUAAACGAGCAGAUCUAUUCGAGGAGAAAGGAGACAUCCUACUGGCUCUGGAGGAUUAUACUAUGGCUAACAAACUGUGUCCUAGUAACACUAUUGCUAUUCUUAAGAAGGGAAAAUACAACUUUGAGAGGGGAGCGUACAGUGUAGCAGUAGCUGACUUCACAGCGAUGUUAGAGCAGGAACCCUACAACAGUAUAGCUAGAACUUAUCGGGGACGAGCUAAUGCUAAAAUGGGUAAGUACACAAGUGCACUGGAAGACCUGUCCUGUGCUAUACACCUGGACCCUGGUAACCAUCUACCAUUCUACCAUAGAGCUGUGUUACUAAGGAAGGAGAACCCUAAACGUGCUCUCCAGGACUUCUCUGUGUCAAUUGUGCUCAACUCAACAGUUAAAAACAGCAAAUCUUUCCUUCACCGCGGUGUCUUGUACGCGGACCUUCACAGGUACGAGGAAGCAGUUCCAGAUUUUGAGGUGGUUGUAGAGCUAGAUUGGAACAGUGUGGAGGCUCACAUCAACCUAGGACUCAUAUGUCAGCUCCACCUUAAACAAUUCAAGAGAGCUAUCAGAUGUUUUGCUGCAGCAAUAGAUGUGGACCCUACCCAACAUAGGGCGUACGUGUGUAGAGGUGACGCUUACAAGGCUAUUAAAAAGUUUGGCCUUGCACUGAUCGACUAUACUCGUGCUAUUCACAUAAGACCGGAUGUGGCGCGCUAUUACUUGUAUCGUGGAAAACUGUUGUUAGAGAUGGGACACUUGGACCAAGCUGCACAGCACAUCAGGUUCGCCUCAGUUCUGAAUACAGACACAGACGGGACCGGACCAGCUGCACUACAAAAGGCAGUGGUACAGUCCUUCCUCCACAACUACGAUGAUGCUAUAUUUGUGUUGGAUAGGGCCGCAGGACUGGAUCCUUCUCCUUCUCAGUAUAUCUUACUCGGUAAGACGUAUCUGAAGGCUAAGCGAUACAGUGAAGCAGUUGAUAACUUCGAGAAAGCCCUCAUGUACCUGAGACGUUGUAGAAGUACGAUUAUUCCCGUAGUCGGGGGAGAAAUGGACUAUAAAACUGAUUUACACAACCUGAACAAGAACCCAAAGAUCCUCCGACAAGAAAUGCCCAAAUCAGCGGCAGAAGUUUACUUCCUGAUAGGAAAGUGUCACGUGGAGUCCGGUAACUACCCCUCCGCUUUGGAUGCUCUUAACAGUGCUAUUAGGAUCAACCCCAGUUACUCUGAGGCUUACUUCCAACGCGGUCUGGUGAGGAUAUGGGUUAAGUCUCAACGACCUCUACUCGACUUUAACAGAGCUCUUGCUUAUAAUCCUAACUACUUCCAGGCUUAUCUUACCCGAGCUGCCUACUUUGGCAUGAAAGGUCGCUACUCCAAAGCAAUGUUCAACUGUAACGAGGCACUGAAGAUCCAACCUAACAGUGUAAGAGCAUACCUGUACAGAGGAGCUCUGAAGUUCGAGAUCAAGAACUACGCGCUAGCUGUGGAGGACUUGUCUUCUGCUAUCAAAUUAGAUGCGCUGUGCAGUAUAGCGUACUACAACAGGGCGGUAUGUUAUCAGUACCUUGGUCAGAACAAGGAGGCGCUGUGUAACUACGGUAUUGUCUUGCUACUGGAGAAGGAGCUCAAUCAGAGG